GCUGACAGCCAAGCGUGCCUCCCACAGGCCAGGCCUCCGGGAGCCCGGCUGGCCUGGCUCAGGCACACACGGACCAUGAAGUACCCUCUGGUGCCACUGGUGAACAAUUUCACAUUUUCUUUCCUGGUUUUCUGGCUCUGCCUGCCCGUGAGUUUACUGUUGCUCCUGUUGAUUGUCUGGCUACGUUUCUUACUUAGCCAAGACCCAGAGGAGAAUGUCACAGAACUGUGCAUCGACUGGGAGCCCUGGAGCCAAGGUCCAGCCGAGUUCCUCUGGGAGGAGACCCUGCAGGGCCUUGAAGAACACAGCAUCUCCUGGUGAGCCUGCCCUGCCAGAUCAAGCCUACCAUAUGUUUUGGCUUUCCUGGAGUCUGCUGCACUACGAUGGUCUAAGUGGAUGGGAAUUGCCAGGGAUGGAAGGGGUCUGCCCUGGGACCCCCAACUUGUCUGCUUCGUGUGGUCACACAAAAGCCCUGGAAGGAAUUGGCUCUCCUCAGCCGACACCACGGGCCUCCCAGGCCGUGCAGGCAUGCUGAAAAAUGGGGGCUGGCUGGCUUCAGAGAAAGUGUGAGGAUGGAACUGGGCCAGGGAGUUGGGGGUCUGCAUUAA